AACUGGCAGGAAGAGCUGUAGGCAUAUACUGGAAAGUAGACAGGGAGGCGGGUGGCUGGGGGCAGGGAGGAUUCUGCCUCAGCCAAUCGGGCACGCCAGGAAAGAUGACAUCACAGCCAAUGGGUAGCCAGCGCGGGACUUUCAAUUUUCUCGCCCCGCCCAAUAGGGAAAAGACUGUGCCUAUAAAGACGGCUGUUGCGGCCCCGGGACCGAUACCCUCCCGGCCGCUGUGUUGUGCAGUUGUUGUUCGCCAUGGCCCGUACUAAGCAGACCGCGCGCAAGUCGACCGGCGGUAAGGCCCCGCGGAAGCAGUUGGCCACCAAGGCAGCUCGCAAGAGCGCGCCGGCCACGGGCGGCGUCAAGAAGCCGCAUCGCUACCGCCCGGGCACCGUGGCGCUGCGCGAGAUCCGGCGCUACCAGAAAUCCACCGAGCUGCUGAUCCGCAAGCUUCCCUUCCAGCGCCUGGUGCGCGAGAUCGCGCAGGACUUCAAGACCGACCUGCGCUUCCAGAGUUCAGCCGUCAUGGCGCUGCAGGAGGCGAGCGAGGCCUACCUGGUAGGCCUGUUCGAGGACACCAACCUGUGCGCCAUCCACGCUAAGCGCGUCACCAUCAUGCCCAAAGACAUCCAGUUGGCCCGCCGCAUCCGCGGGGAGCGGGCCUAAGAAGCGCGCGCUCGGUCCGACGUUCCAUCGCAUCCAAAGGCUCUUUUCAGAGCCACCCACCAGAUCACUGGAAAGAGGCUGUGCCACUGGGCCUCCGUGCCCCCGGGAAGGGAGGGCGCUUAGAGGUGGGCAGACGGUGUGGGGCUCCCCACACAAAAGGGCAGAACCCUCGCGUUGGCCGCCUUCCGGCCUGCUACUCUGAAGCUCACAGGGGUUCCCGACAGUGCUCGGCGGCCUCGCGCACA